GGGGACUUUGUCGCUCGUGUUAGGCUGGUUAGUUUUGAGAUAAUCCCAGGUAUCUCGGAAUGGGCCGCAGAAGAUGCAUAAUUCAGACAGCAGGCUGUGGAGGAACAUCGCCGAUAUCACGAACGAAAAAAAUAUAUAUGCAGGAGGUGCAGCAGCAUGUGCCGGAGCGGGAAACGACUAGGAGCAAUCUGGAAGGAUGGAAGGGGUUUCUGUUCAACGGGUUGGCGUCGCCCGAGACUUCCCCGAGAAGGAAAGGCGCUCCCCGCAAUUUCUCGUCUCAGGAGGCGGCUUGCGAUCAUCCUCCACUCGUUCGUCCAUUCCUGUUCGUCCAAUGCGCCCCAGCUGCUGGACAAGAACAUGAGCCUUUGCUCCGAACGCCGAUGGACUGCAUCAAGGCCGCCCACCGUAUUCUAGCCUCCGCUUUCACGUCAUCAGUAGUCGCCUUUUUUUUUUUUGCAUCGCGCACAUACACACUAGUUACUCGACAGUCAGCUCCAGCAUGUCGCUGGGAGCGGUCAGCUCCCACCAGACAAAGGAGCAGAGUACGUGUAAAGUAGGCACCGUGCCCGCUAACGCCCACAAUGCAGGAUUUUUAUUGGGGUCAGCGUCGGGGGAAUGGACC